AUGUCAUCUCGUUGGGGUCGAAAGAGGUGUGCUCGAUUAUGCUCGCCACCACCAUUCGCGCCACGACCCAGAGCAUGUUUAGAUAGUCUUGAGAUACCAUUUCAAACACCUCUCGUCCUUCGUCACUUACCACCAUCAAAGGUACCACCCUGUUACAUUCGACCACCACAGCCUCAAUGCGCAAGAGGUAUUGUAUGCCAUUGUGCAGACCAAAAUUACUGCACCGCUGAAACCUGUAGGAGUCCAUCGAGAUGCUGUCAAUCUGAUAAUCUAUACUGCUUGUAUGGCAACAAAGAGAAUGAUGAAGACAGUGUAUGUCAAAGACGAUGCCGUUACCAGGAAGGUGAUGAAGAUUCUAGUGCUAAAGACAGUGAAGAUGAUAGAAGUUCCACACGCUCGAAUCAUGAAUAUGGACUGGACAAAGACGAUGGAUCAGAUGAUAAUCUGGGCGAUAAACUAUCAAAUACAUCUGAAAUACCACACGAAGCAGAAGAUAAUGAACAAAAUAAACUAAGUAACGACACACUACGAGAUAGAAAUGGGGUGAGUUUAAUGGAAGCAACAUCUGGUAUAAAGAAUGUGGGAAAUACAAAGAAGAAUAAUAAACAAGAGGUACAUUGCAUGACCAGUUUUAAUAGAGAUAUGCAGGUAAGUAUGCAGACUCGUACAUUUGGUAAAAGGACACGUGAUGCGUCGAAUACUGCGAGCCCAGAGGUUCGUUAUGGUGGGAAUAAUGUACAAAGCGCGGGAAGUUUAACAGAUGUAACACAAUUUGAUGCAAAUAGACAAGCUGAUACAAGUUUGAGACAAAGCUGUUGUUCUAAUUCUCAACGGAAUAACAUUGAAGAUGGAUAUGAAGAGGAUGAUGAUGAUGAUGAGAGAUUAAAUGAUGAAACUCUAAAUUCAUGCUGUCGACCUGGAUAUGGUUAUCCUCAGUCAAACCCACCUUUACCUCAAGCUGAUUUUACAUGUCCUCAAAGUAGGGCUUUCAACGACGAUUUCAAUGAAUCUGAUGCUGAUGAAUAUUUCUCUAAACCAUCAGGAAAUUCAAAUACAAAAAACCCCAAAACUAGCACACCUCUACGAAUUAAUGAUCCUGAAUCGAAUGUCGAAAGCUUAUGCAUAAAGGAUUCUCUAGACAUUUUGCAACAAGAAAAUAAACAACACCGUAAUCCAUCCGCAAAUAUUAUGGAUCAUUCUAAUUUUAAUCAAAAUUAUUUAUAUUCACAAGAUAAAUCUAAUAUUUCCAAAAGGGAGCCAUCGCCUAAAAAUCAAACUGAAGAAUCUGGUUUUUGCGUUAAAGGCGUUGGAUGGAAGUGUCCGGCUUUAAGUGAGUUAAAAUCAUCAUCUCUUAAUCAUGUACCAUCCAGAGGAUCCCAAUCUCCAAACAAAAACGUUCCUCGCCGUUACAGCAGUAGCCAGAUAAGUCAGGUGAGGUUCGAUAGAAAUGUUACAGAAAAUUUUGAUGAUAGUCCUAUUGAAAAGCAGAAUUCUAAUAGUAGAAGAAUAUCUCCAAAGUCUCAGUCAUACAAAAAAUAUCCCACACAGUACACCGGUUACAUUCCGCGCAAAAGCAGUGCUCUAUCGAGUCUGCCUUGCGAAGGCUGUUCGCAUGGUCCGCGACCAAAGCCCAAAAUUGAUAUAAGCUGCGUUUGUUCUGAUGAAAAGCAGAAAAUAACUAAAGCCGAUUGCACCAGAACUCCGUCCUGCAACUUCAAAGAUGGCACAACUUCAUGUGCUUCCAUAUCAUGCGUUGUUAACGCGAAUAGUGGCUGCGGAUGUUGCUAUCCGCCGUCGUUUUCAUAUUUGAGCUGCAGUGGAAACAUAAGCGGCACUUGUAACUGCAGGGAUAAAAGAUAA